AUGGCGGACGUCCCUAUCGUGCUCGAUGGAGGAACCGGUUUCCUCAAGGUCGGAUAUGCUGGUCAGAACUUCCCCGAGCACCAGUUCCCCUCGAUAGUGGGGCGACCCAUCUUGCGAACGGAGGAGCAGGCGGGCGAUAUUGUGGUCAAGGAUAUCAUGUGCGGAGAAGAAGCUGCUGCUGCACGAUCAAUGCUUCAGAUCAGCUAUCCGAUGGAGAAUGGUAUUGUCAAGAAAUGGGAUGAUAUGCAGCACCUGUGGAAUUAUACCUUCUACGACAAGCUGAAGAUCGAUCCUGCGGGGCGCAAGAUCCUCCUCACGGAGCCACCUAUGAACCCUCUCAAGAACCGUGAGCAGAUGGCCGAGGUCAUGUUGGAAGGAUACAACUUUGGAGGUGUCUAUGUGGCGAUCCAGGCAGUGCUGGCACUGUAUGCUCAGGGUCUUUCUAGUGGUGUAGUGGUCGAUUCCGGUGAUGGUGUCACCCAUAUUAUUCCCGUCUAUGAGUCGACUGUUCUGAAUCAUCACAUCAAGCGCCUGGAUGUUGCUGGCCGUGAUGUCACCCGCAACCUGAUCGCCCUUCUCCUGCGUCGCGGCUAUGCGCUGAACCGAACGGCCGAUUUCGAAACCGUGCGCCAGAUCAAGGAGAAGCUUUGCUACGUCUCAUACGACCUGGAGUUGGACAAGAAGCUUUCCGAAGAUACCACGGUCCUAGUCGAGUCCUACACGCUUCCCGACGGUCGUGUGAUCCGAGUUGGCAGUGAGCGAUUCGAGGCUGCCGAGUGUCUUUUCCAGCCCCAUCUGGUUGAUGUGGAUCAGCCCGGUAUGGCGGAAUUGCUGUUCAACACCAUUCAGGGCACCGAUGUCGAUAUCCGAUCCAGCCUUUACAAGGCAGUUGUGCUGAGCGGUGGUAGCAGCAUGUAUCCCGGUCUCCCUUCACGGUUGGAAAAGGAGCUGAAACAGCUCUGGCUGACUCGGGUUCUGGGCGGCAAUCCUGAGCGUCUGAACAAAUUCAAGGUCCGCAUUGAAGAUCCCCCUCGACGAAGACACAUGGUCUUCUUGGGUGGUGCAGUCCUUGCCAAUCUCAUUGCCGACAAAGAGGACAUGUGGGUAUCAAAGCAGGAGUGGCAGGAACAGGGUGCUCGUGCCCUGGCCAAGCUUGGGCCCCGGUAA